CAUUGCUGUACUGUCAUUCAUUAUUUCAGUACCAUGAGCCUUGACAAGUCAAAACCAUAUUUUCAAACUGUAACUUAAAAGGGUUACCGAUUUUGUUGAAAAUAUUAAACUCAAAACACAUUUUUUUUGUAACUGAUUCUUCUCCCCUUCUCUUUGUACAUUGUUCUGCUUCAUCUUGUGGUUACAAAGAAGACGGAUCACACCUUACGGCUUAUCGUAGCCUAUUUCCCAAUACAGUUUUUCCAUCUGGCUCCACAACUCCACCUUUCUCCUACUGUAUAUAAGCAGCUUAAACAUAACAAUAUCUAGCACAAGCCAUCAUCACUUCAGCUAAAUCUAGCCCUUCUCUUUUUCCCUUCUUCACUGUGUUUUUUAGAGUGAGCUAUGGCCUCAAGAAACUCAGAUAAUUCCUCUUGGACACCGAAGCAAAACAAGCUGUUUGAAAAGGCUUUAGCCUUGUAUGAUAAGGACACCCCAGAUCGGUGGCAAAACAUUACCAAGGCUGUUGGUGGUGGAAAAUCUGUUGAUGAAGUUAAGAGACACUUUGAUGUCCUCAUUGAAGAUCUCAACCAUAUUGAAUCCGGAAGAGUUCCCAUUCCCAACUACAAGCCCACUGGAAGCAGCGGCUGCAAUGCUGCUGAUGAAGAGAGGCUUCUAAAGAAUAUGAAGUUGCAGUGAAGUCCAAGUCUAUAUCAACGUCUUAAGAUUAGAUAUGUGAUUGUGAAAGAUAGUCGUUUGUAUCAACAUGUGAACAAAUUUGUCUUUUCCCUCUCUCUCUCUCUCUCUCUCUUUCUCUUCUUUGUCUUUCUCCAUGCUAGCUAAUUUAGCUCAUUCUUAAGCCAUGUUUCAGCUAAGUAAUGAAAAUAUUCAUGUUUAGAAA